CUGAAAUCUGGGCGGUGAGCUGGGCUGCUGGGGCGCCACUAUCCUGUGGAGCUGGGGGAAGAGUGACAGUCCUUAAAACGCUGAUUGAUUUUCAUCUUUAGGUUUGAAUCGCAGAUGCCGAAGUACUUGCUGCUCAAGGUCAGGGAAUUGGAGCCUAGAGUUGGGCCUCUGAAAGUGUGAAGGAUGAUGAUGUCCCAAGCUAACUUCAUUUGAGCUGUCAUUGGGGCAAUAUGCCAGCCAGAACGAAAGCUAAUCCUGGGGCGAUGGACGACGUGAGUGAUCAGGUUCGGGUCCUCAUUUUGAGGCAGGUGCAGCUAAAUGCGACGAUGGCAGGAGAACAUCCGCCGCCCAUUCCAGCCAAGCUGAUUACGCCGUUGAUGACAAGGGUCUUGGCUUUCCAGCUGCCAGAUGUAACGACAGGGCUGGAGCUUCUUCAGUCAUAUCUGCUAGAUCUAUGUGAAGCUGGAAGUCUGUCCAUUGCGGAGUUAAUCGACGAGCUGAUGAAGCUUCCAGCAAUAUUUGAUCCCGUAUCCAAGGCUUACACAGCUGCAAGGCUAUUCACUUUGACCGUACUCAGAAAGGCAUUGACCUCUGCGGAGCAAUGUGCUGCUACAUCACCAGGUAUUUGGGAAGGGCUGCACCCCCCCCAUUUGGCAUUCGUACUUGAUGGCCUGAUGGCAGUCCCACGCUUUGAGGAAUUCGCAGAAUAUUCAGGCGAUUUUACUGGGACCAGCAUGGAAUUCUCAAGCACCACUGGGGCUGUGCCUUUCAAGCAAUCGCAAGCACUCGCAGCUUUGGAGCGGAGUCUAGCCUUUCUCUCACGAAGGCAUCUGGUGCCACUGGUGAACCUAGUGCUCGAGAGACUUGCAGAGAAACUGCCGGCGGCAGGUUCUGGAGCAUUCUCAGGGAUGAUUUCGAAUGCCUUUCAUAGUGGUGGGGCCUCUUCUCCGAAAUGGAUGCUGCAAGCAUCUUUCCUGAGUGCCGCUGGUAUGUGGCAAUUCAGCUUCUUGGAAAGCGACAAGGAAGAAGCAACAUGCCGCCUCCUGCAAGCUGUCUGGGAUUCUGCAAUUCCUGACGCGCAAAGAAGCAGCCAGAGACGUGUUCUUCUUAUCGCUCUCACUGAGAUCUGGCGCACCCUCUCACAAGAGGUCCACGCCUCCCCUCGAGGGGCGGCUGAAUGGAAGGACCUGCUGGGGCCUGAACCGAAGUCGCUGGGAGCCCUGUUCGAGUUGCAGGAGCACUUCUUCUCGACUGCACAGAAGUGGAUCAGGAAGCAGAAGAUUAGGAACGAGGCCCUGUCGUUUAUGCAGGUCUUACUGUGCCACGGAAAGCCGGAGUUCUUCAAGUCGAAGCAUCGGGGGUUUUUUGUGACUGCGCUGGUGGCGGCUUGCAAUGACGCACCAAGCAGAAGCGGCGCACUGCAGGUUGCGGCAGCGUAUCUCGAGCAGGCACCGGAGAUCUUCGUCAACCAGAUUCGGGAGGUUUGGAAAGCGGAGGUGCUGACGCUCAGCGCGGCAACCUUUCCAAAGCGCGUGGCCUGCCCGGCGACGGAGUUCAAGGCCCUAACGGAGUUCCUGACCGCCACAGCACGCCUCGAGCUGAAGCUGGGUGUGACGGCCAUCCAAAGCAUCCUCUCGUCACCUAGGCAUCACGCAACACAGAAGGUCGUGGCACUUCGGGCCCUCAAAGCUCUCAUGGCGAAGAAGUCCUCCGUCAAGAUUCUUGCCUUGGACCAAACGCUGCUUCCGACAAUCCUGGGCUGUAUUGCUGACAAAACCGAGCCCUUUCUCGCCGUCGAGGCCGUUUUCUGCCUGCCACCCGUCUGGCCUUCUCUUCCGACUGCGCGCUCGGCUGCGCCUCCUGAAGUGGACAAGGCCUCGAAGGGCCAGUCUGCUCCACAGCGGGUGGUAGAUUCCAAGGAGGAAAUCAUGGAAGCUCUGGAAGAGUUUGCGAGGUCCACAGACAGGAUGAUUGCUGCAGCCGCUAUCAAGGCUCUGCGGGAGCUUGCUCCCUUGCUGAGCCCUUUCGAGCUUCUGAGAGCUCUUAAGAUCCAUGCUUACACCGUCACGGCCGACCUUCAGGCGUCCGUUGAAGCAUGGACGACCAACCUCGAAGACGUGCGAAGUAUCCUCGCCACCUUGAAAGCGGCCACUCAAGCAGCUCCAGCCGCUGAAAGACGCGCUACCAACGGAUCACCAACUUCACCGGAAGCUCCGAGCCCAGUGGUUGACCCUCUCAUUCCUCAAGCUCAGUGGUGCCAGACAAGACUGAAGGUGGAGGGCCUGUCCCUUCUGGGGCUAAUGCACCCAGACAAGCUCGUAUGGGAGAAGGCGAGAGUGGUGCUUGCAGCCCUGAACGACCCCAAGUUUCGAGAAAUGGAAGCUAGAGCCGAACCGGCGCCGCUUUCUCCGAGACCGCAGGCUAGGAUGUCUGCGCCGGAGGCUGUACUUAAAAGUUCCACGGAGAGCGGGACGGAACCGGUCGACAGCACGAGGGGAGACAGCGCCGCAGUUUCCAGCGACUGGGAGAGUCGGUCGGGCUCUGAAGGCGCGGAGCAGGCAGCCAGCGUUCCGUUUCUGGCGGACGCUCUCUUAGUCGGACAGCCGCAGGGUUUGGGCGCGGAGGUUUGGGAGCGGCGAAGCGGGGCGGUCGGUGUGGCUUGGGCGCCGGAGCUGUGGCCAUUCUUGGUCCAGCAGAGCGAGAGGUACUCAUUCUGCAUCGAGUGGGUUUGGAACAAGGUCCGGAGGCACAAGACGGAAUGGAAGGCCGCGAGUCAAGAUAGGAGCAAGGUGCAAGGAGAGGACGCCUCGACCUCCAGAAUGCCAUCGGCAGCGCCUUCCGGCGUGGAGGAGGCCUCACAACAUUCUGCCCAGCUGCAGCGGAACCACGUGUACUUUCUGUGCCUGUGCAUGCGAGAGACGCAGCAUCCGGAACUGGACCUCGACGAGGCCGCCAAAGGCCGCAAGCGCCAGGUGUUUCAGUGGGCCGACGUGGCAGCCAAGCCGGGACUUCCGCUGAUGACGUCCAAGGGCGUCACCGCUCGCAAGGCCGCUCGCGCCGACGACGAGGCGCGCGCUUGGCUCAAUAAGCGGCGCAUGACGCGCGCAGCGGUGCGCGAGUGCCUGCAGCAGGUGUGGGAGCACGUGCAGGGCGUGUACGAGGGGGUGGCCGGCGACGAGACAGCGCAGCUCCUGCUAUGCGUGGACGCCAUCCACGCCUCCUGCCAUGAGGAUCUUAUUCUGGAGCUGAAACGAUACCAAACGCAGCAGCGGAUGGGCGCCGCCCCUCUCUCAACCACCACCCACCACAGCAGCAAUAGCGUCAACAGCGGAAACAUCAUGCGGAAGGGUUCGAUGCAAUUGCCGGGGUCACCUACCAAACGUUACGACGGCACCUUCGAGUUCCAAUCGGCGGCCACAUCGGACUUCUAUUACCAGGAGAAUGUGCUGUACGUGUUGGCUGGCCUGUACGCCCGCACGUCCCCCGAGGACUAUCGAGCGGCACCAGCGCCAGUCCGGAGCGCUCUGGAGGAGUUCGUCGGGGCCUGGUCCCGGGAGCAGGACCUGAGCAACUUCGCGGGGCUGAGUGUCAAGGUCCGCAUGUACGCCGUCCGCAUCAUUGAGCUGUACCUGCUGUACACCACGGCCGCGGUGCAGGCCGCCGUCGCCCACACCGGAGCGUCCGGUGCGGACCGAGCGGAGCAGGAAGCGGCGUUCGUCCCGUCGCUCACGUACCGGACCAACAUGUUCAAAUGCCUCACCGUCAAGUGGAGCCACGGGCUGCCGCCCGCAGGUUCUGCGGCAGGUUCUGGAGCCACGGCCGCCGAUGACACAAGGCGCAAGACCGGUGCUCCUGGGGGGAAAGGGAGCGAGCGGCCAUCCAGCCUGGACGACGCAGUUGCGAAGGCGGUCGCAGCCCUCGUCAGCAUGGGCCCCUUGAAGGACCGGGACUUCGAGAACACCCUCCUGCGCUACUUACAGACGUACCACGCGCGCGGCAGCCCCGGUGUGCGCGCUCAGGUGGCCGAGUCGAUGGCCGUGUUCCUGCGGCACAACCCGCACCGCGUGCGCAGCUUCAUCGCCGGCAGCUUCGCACAGCUCCACCGCGUGCUCGAGAAGGACGAGGCGGCCGCGCUCGCGCUCACCUACUUCCGCGCGCUCGCGCGCAGCGUGGAGAGCGAGCUGGAGGAGUGGCUCACCGUGCGGGGGCUGCACCCGGCCAAGAUCUUGCACCUCUGCCUCCUGCAUCUGACGUCAACAGGCGAGGCGUUCCGCCACGUGGCGCUCGAGCUGCUUGCCACGCUGGAGAGCAACGCAGAGCGCCCCGCUGCCCUGCUUCAGGGGGUUCUACCCGCCCACAACGACGCCCCCCCCGAGCUGUACAUAGCGGCGGCAGUCACGACUUCGGUCCACCUCGCGGAUGCUCACCCCGAGUACACCGUAGCCAUAAUGAAAGAAGCGCUGUCGCUCCAGCAGAUCCUUCCCAAAGACGUCAUCCCCACGAUUCUGACGCUGAUCCAGCCGUGGGCGUGCAACUUUGCUGCUGUUCUCCGCGAGGAAACGGUCGCGGCAGACGCCGCAUGGCCGCAGAAAGGGCACGAAGCGGAGGUUGCGGACGAACCGCAGCUGAUCGAGAUUCCGGACGCCCGGGUCCGCGCGCUCGUCGAGCGGAUGCCGAAUCUGCAGAACCUGCGGAGUAGCUACACCGAAGAGGAAGAGGAGCUGACGUCACCUCUUCCGUUGGCGCCACGGACGAGCACCGAAGUGGACAGAAGAGGAUCGGUGGAGUCCGGGAGGGGUUCCGUUUCCGGUGGCCAGAAGCAGGAGGGUUCCGUUCGGAAAGGCUCGACGGAACAACCCAGCUCUCCGGGGAGAAAAGAGCGGGCAGGCAGCGGCUCGAAAGAGGAGUCCGUCCGGAAAGCCUCGCUUGAGUCGACACUGACCACUAAAAGACCAGCGGCAGAGAGCGUCUCGAAAGCCGAACCAGAGCGGAAGGGCAAGGAAGCGAAAGUGGCUCCUGAACCUUUAGAGACCCCUUCCUCCAAAGUCAAGCCAGCUGACGACAUCAAUGCUGUCCAGAAGAGUUCCGUUGGGGUGCUCAUGGCCGGGUGGAAGGAAGCGGAAAGUGAGCUACAAGGGGAUGCCGGCGGACAAUCAGCGUCAAGCCGGAGCAUAAUCAGGAGGAUGCUGGACCGCACUUUCAGCGACAUCAGCACCGCAAGCAGCACGGUCUCUUCCAGGGCAUCGCGGGACGAAGAUGACGCCGACCGAAGUCUACGGAAGCGGAGCGGAACGGAACCGGAAGCCAAGCCCAUGUCCCCGAGCGAGCAGACCCUGCUCUGCCUCUUCCAGAUCACGAGAACCUGCGGCUGGCCCCCCGCACAUUCCCACCUUCUCCGGGGGGUCUGGCAAGGCCUGCUUUUAGCCCCCCAGGCUGAAAAAGUCGGCGUCGCGAGCUUCGUGACCGAUUUCCUGCUGCUCUGCCAUAUGUCCCGGGCGGAAUCCCCCGAGACUGCGUACGUGCCCCAGGGGUCGAAAAAGCAGCCGGGGAACGAAGCCCCGGGCAGAAAGCCGGCCGGAGUGGGGCUGGAUCAGCGCCUGGCGAAGCUGUUGCUGGGCUACUUGCUGGAGACGGACUGCGGGGAGGCCGUACUGCAGCGGCUGGUGGAUGGCGUGCGCACCUACACUCUGACGACGUCAGGUCUCGACGACGGCCCGAUGUCUCUCGCGUGGGAGAGCGCGUCCCAGUUCGUGCCCCAGCCGGUCGGCCAGAAGGAGCACAGUGCUCUUCUUCUGCUCGCGGAUGCGGCGUAUCACCAGGACACGCUUCUCGUCGCGCAUUUGCCGCAGCUCCUCCACGUGGCGAUCGUCCUGCUGCGGCCACGCGCCGAGCACCUCUGGGCGCACCGGGCCGCCGGGUCCUUCAACCUCUGCUUAGGGAGCCACUCGCUCAUCUCGUACCUUCUCCAUUCCCUGGCGGUGCGCUACGCGCCCAGCAAUCUCGCGCGCGAGCGCGCCCAGACCUUUUUGGACACCUACUACGGUCCGGAGGACCCAAAUCGAGAAGCAGGCGACCGGGCUGACCGAAGCAAGGCAGACGCACAAAGAGCUUCCGCAGACCCCGAGGAGCGCCUCACGACGUCCUACCUCUUCGAGCUCAUCUCCCUCCUGCAGCCGUUCCGGCCGGAGCUCCGGGCGGAAUGGGCGGAACAGGCCCUCAGCUGGGCCGCCGGCGCAGUCGACAAGCGCAUCGUCGUCGACAGCCUGCGCGUAUUUGCGGUGGUCAACAAGAGCGCUCACGUAGGCACGCUUGCGAAAGUGGAGCGGUUGCUGCUAGGGGCGGUGCGCAUGCGGGACUACGUGGUGGCUGAUAGCGUUCUCGACGUGUUUGCAAAGGUCGUCGCCCGCCUCUGCCGGCAAGACCCCUCCCGCUCCGCGGACUCCCAAAGCGUACCCCCGAGCGGCGCCUGGGAGCACGUGACGGCGUCCGCACUGGCCGCGCUGUCCUGUACGAACGUCCGCAUGUUCCACAAGGCGCUGACCAUGGCCCAGGUCCUGAUCGAGGCGCGCCCCGAGGGAGCCCGCGACGUGGCCCUGGACGAGUUCUGGCGAGUGGUGGGGGGCCCGGUGGAUGAGACCGUGUACGAGCUGCUUUUCCCCGGGCUGCUGGACGAGAAGACGGCGCUCGGGACGCUGAGCCUGCUGGAGACCUUCGCUAAGGCGCACGCAAUCGCUCUUCCGGCGGACAAUAAGCUGACGGUCAUCGUGCUACUGCUCAACACCGCCCUCAUCCACUCCGGGCAGACCCAGCGAUGCGCGGAGGCGUUGCGAAUCGUCGACAGCAGCGGGUGCGCGCUCGCCGACCUGAGCGCGAUCUUUACCGCGCAGAUGACGGGGAAGUACCAGAAAGCAGGUCCUACUUCCUUCAACCCGGCCCCCCCGCCGCCCACCUCCCCCCGCAAGAACCGGACGACCAGCUAUACAUACGGCCAGCGAGACAAAGGGCUCGGUUCUCCUCCAACCAGCGAUUCAGCCUCGUCGGCGAAGAAAGAGCCGGAUGGAACGGACGGGACCUCACGGACGGCUUCGGACGCGAACGGAGCGUCGGAGGAGGCGACACGUGUCAUCAGGCGGCGGCCCAGCCGGCACGCGUUCCUGGAAGCCUUCUUUAACGGCUUUGCGCUUGCGUUCCCGAGCGAGUACACGUGGACCUUCUCCCUGCACGCCCUGCUCGCGCUCGUCGGCCGGGGACCGUCCGCCUGGCGCGUGCCGCUCACGGACGUCCUCAGCAGCCUGCUGCACGCGCGCGCGCACGCCUGGACGGACGCCAACUUCUCGGCGGUCGCUGACGUCAUUGCUGACGUCCCCACCGCCCGGCCGGCGGACGACGGGGAUACGAAGCGCAGUCAGGCGCGCGGCGACAUCCGGGCGCUGCUGAGGGAGCACGCGUCGCCGGCGGUCGCGCAGCGCGUUUUGGAUGCAAUCCGCCCACUCGAGACUGGCAAAGAGAAGCCAGCCUCUCCCGAUCCCCGAACCAUGUUGAACCUCCCCCCCGGAAAGAGGCCGCCGGGACCGGCAGCCACCGCGCCCAACCCGCCGGGCGCGCCCGGGGAGUUCCUACCGGGCUACUCGGCAGGCAGUGACGCCGCACUUUCCAGACUGAAGCGCGCCGAGAGGUGGCUGGAGUAUUUGAUAGCGAAAGAACGGAGACAGAGAGAUGCGAAGCGGACUCCCCUCCAGGGUGGGGGGGUAAGCUCAGGUGGGGACAAACCUCUAAACGAACGGGAUGUCGAAGCUCUCAGUCGACCCGAUCAGAGGAGCUCUAGUAGGAGCCUUCCGCAAGAGUCCCCAGGGGAUCAUUCCGUGGGCAGUGCUUCCAGGCGGUCGAGCGCGGGGCCUGAGGCGAACAUGGCAAUAAGAGCGGACCCACGACGCGGUGUGGCGGUAAACUCACGGCAAAACUCGACCGACCCGGGUAAUUCCGGUGGACCAUUGUUGCGGCUCGCCCAGCCGACGGAGAGCUCCGCCCGGCGGAACAGCCUGACAGCGGACGGAACGAUGAAAGAUGCGUUCGUCGACAGUCUUAGACAGCAAGACAGCAGCAGGGAUAGGCCGCUCAAAAAUGGUCAGGCCGUUGCGCAGAACGGUGGGCAGGGGCCGGUAAACGGACAGCCCGUGAGCAUAAAGGGCUUACUUAGCAAAAGCAAGAUAGGGAAAGAAUGCGCGCUCAGUACACAGGUAGGUACAGCACCGCUUCUUCCGUCGGGGAAGACGGCCCUCGUUUCAGACAUCCAAGGGGACAGUGGGCCGGUCGACAUUACGGUUGAAGAAUGGACCUUGGGAUCGUCGGGUCAUUGGCAAUCAAGCACUGCAUAGAUAUAGGGGACAUCCACAAGGUUGAUUGCGGGCGCUUGAUUGUCCAGUUCUCUGUUCCGGAUCAUGCAGUAAAGAGAUCCGACUUUCCAAGGGGCACGUUGGUAUAUCAAAAGUGCGAUAAAAGGGCUGUGUAGCAUAUGAGCCUGGUGAAAUGUAUGGACGUUCUUGAAUUGCCACUUAGACUAGAUAGAAGCCCGGGUUGGAUAUUUUAAUUGUAUAAUGGAACAAUUGGGACGGUGGCAGUACUGAGCCAUUCUUGUAUCUCAUAAUGCAUAUAUACAC